AUGUUCUCUUGGUCUAAUCGUUUGAGUAGCAUCAUCACCGAUGCAAUUUCGAUAUUAGGAUUGAUGGCCAUUUGUUACGGAGCCUCAUCAUACUUUUUGGCAACAAAACCAAGUGAUAUGGAUAUUAGUGUAAAAGUGAAACAAUUACUUAAAUUCAACCGAUUAGAUUAUGUUCGUAAUUAUAGCCCAGAUAGAGCUGCUUUCGUAUUUGAUUUUGAUUCAAAUUUGACACCACUUUUCCAUUGGAAUGUUAAAGUACUUCAUGUAAUGCUCUAUGCAGAAUAUAAAACAGAUUCCAAUGAAUUAAAUCAGGUAAUUUUAUGGGAUGAUAUUUUGGAAAGAAAAUACCUUUUGGAAGGAAGACAAUCAGCUCAUUUAAGAUAUGGUUUUUUGAAUGGAAAAUAUACAUUGAUUGAUUAUGGAAAUGAAUUAAGAGACAAGACUAUCACUUUGAAAUUGAGGUGGAAUGUUGUGCCAUAUGUUGGACUUCUUUAUGAUCAAGAAGAUGUUGUUGGACAAUACUUACUUCCAAAACAAUAUAAGAGAAGUGGUCCAGAAAGAGCCAAAGUUGUCUAUGAUGAAACCUACGAUGAGGAAUUGAUUCGAUCUCAUUUCAGUCAACAAUAA